AUGGAGGUGGAUGCAGACGAGAAGCGCCAUCGCACACGGUCCAAAGGUGUUCGAGUUCCCGUGGAACCAGCCAUACAAGAGCUGUUCAGCUGCCCGACUCCUGGCUGUGAUGGCAGCGGUCACGUUAGUGGCAAAUAUGCAAGACACAGAAGUGUUUAUGGCUGUCCUUUGGCAAAAAAAAGAAAAACGCAAGAGAAACAACCCCAAGAACCUGCUCCUAAAAGAAAGCCUUUUGUGGUUAAAACUGAUAACUCUUCCGUAGAUGAAUGUUAUGAAACAGAUGGGACUGAGGAAAUGGAUGAUAAGGAAGAGGAGGAGGAGGAAGAGGAAGAGUAUUCUGAUGAUAAUGAGGAACAAGGUGAUGAGGAAGAAGAGGAGGAAGAUGAAGUAGAAGAUCGGGAAGAGGAGGAGGUUGAAGAGGAGGAGGAAGAGGAAGAAGAAGAUGAAGAAGAUGAAAAUGAUGAAGUGGAGGAGGAGGAAGAGGAAGAGGAGGAGGAGGAGGAGGAGGAAGAAGAUGAAAGCGAAGACCAUCAAAUGAAUUGUCACAAUACUCGAAUGCAAGACACAGAAAAAGACGAUAACAAUAAUGAUGAGUAUGAUAAUUACGAUGAACUGGUGGCCAAGUCAUUGUUAAAUCUUGGCAAAAUUGCAGAGGAUGCAGCAUAUAGAGCCAGGACUGAAUCAGAAAUGAAUAGCAAUACAUCUAAUAGCCUGGAAGAUGAUAGCGACAAAAAUGAAAAUGUUGGUCGUAAGAGUGAGCUGAGUUUAGAUUUAGACAGUGACGUUGUUAGGGAAACUGUGGACUCGCUCAAAUUGUUAGCACAAGGACACGGUGUAGUGCUUUCAGAAAACAUUAACGACAGAAAUUAUGCAGACAAUAUGUCGCAGCAAGAAAAUAGGAAUAUGAACUAUGGAAUUCUAGGAAAGCCUACAAACAAUGGGCUUACGGAAAAAAUGGUGGAAGAAAGUGAUGAAGAGGUUUGUCUCAGUAGCUUGGAAUGCUUGAGAAAUCAAUGUUUUGAUUUGGCCAGGAAGCUCAGUGAGACAAAUCCACAAGAAAGAAAUCAACAGCAAAACCUGAAUUCUCGCCAACACACCCGUCAAGAAGAUGAUUUUCAAGGACGGACACCCGAACGGAACUAUUCCGAUAUGAUGAACUUAAUGAGGCUUGAAGAACAGUUGAGUCCUAGAUCUAGAACUUUUUCUAGUUGUGCAAAAGAGGAUGGGUGUCAUGAAAGGGACGAUGACACGACCUCUAUUACUUCAGAUAGGUCUGAAGAGGUGUUCGACAUGACAAAAGGAAACUUAACGCUACUUGAGAAAGCUAUUGCUUUAGAAACAGAAAGAGCAAAAGCCAUGAGGGACAAAAUGGCAAUGGAAUCUGGAAGGAGGGAUAAUAUGAGAUCCUAUGAGGAGCAGUCUCCAAGGCAGAUUUCUGGAGAUGACAGGAAAUCUAAAUCCAGUGACGGCCAUGUCAAAAAGCCAUAUUAUGGUAAAGAUCCCUCAAGAACAGAAAAGAAAGAGAGCAAAUGUCCUACCCCUGGGUGUGAUGGAACUGGCCAUGUAACGGGGCUUUACCCCCAUCACCGCAGUUUGUCAGGAUGCCCACACAAAGAUAGGGUCCCUCCAGAAAUUCUUGCCAUGCAUGAAAACGUUCUUAAGUGUCCUACACCAGGCUGCACAGGCCGGGGCCACGUAAAUAGCAACAGGAAUUCUCACAGAAGCCUCUCGGGAUGUCCUAUUGCUGCAGCAGAGAAACUGGCUAAAGCUCAAGAGAAGCAUCAGAGCUGUGAUGCAUCAAAAUCAAACCAGGCAUCAGAUCGUGUCUUGAGGCCCAUGUGUUUUGUUAAGCAGUUGGAGAUUCCUCAAUAUGGCUACAGAAACAAUGUCCCCACCACAACGCCCCGCUCCAACUUGGCCAAGGAACUAGAGAAAUACUCUAAGACUUCGUUUGAAUAUAACAGUUAUGACAACCAUGCAUAUGGCAAGCGAGCCAUAGCUCCCAAGGUGCAGUCCAGAGAUAUUUCCCCCAAAGGAUAUGAUGCUAAACGUUACUGUAAGAAUUCGAGCCCAACCAGCAGCACAACAAGCAGUUAUGCUCCUAGCAGCAGCAGCAAUAUGAGCUGUGGAGGAGGCAGCAGCGCCAGCAGUACCUGCAGCAAGAGCAGCUUUGACUAUACUCAUGACAUGGAGGCAGCACACAUGGCUGCAACUGCUAUUCUGAAUCUUUCUACGCGUUGCAGAGAGAUGCCUCAGAACCUCUCCACUAAACCUCAGGACCUCUGUUCCAGGAAUCCUGAUAUGGAAGUUGAUGAAAAUGGAACGUUAGAUCUUAGCUUGAACAAGCAGAGGCAGCGGGAUGGUUGUUGCACCAUUUUGACGCCACUGGAACCAAUGUCACCGCAACAACAGGCUGUGAUGAAUAACAGGUGUUACCAGCUGAAUGAGGGUGACUGCUGGGACUUGCCGGUGGACUACACAAAAAUGAAGCCUAGUAGGAUAGAUGAAGAUGAUUCAAAAGAAAUUAAUCCAGAAGAUUUAGAUCCUUUCCAAGAAGCACUAGAAGAACGAAGGUAUCCUGGGGAAGUCACCAUCCCAAGUCCUAAGCCCAAAUAUCCGCAGUGCAAAGAGAACAAAAAGGAUUUAAUAACUCUAUCUGGCUGCCCCUUGGCUGACAAAAGUAUUCGAAGUAUGCUGGCCACAAGCUCACAGGAACUCAAGUGUCCAACUCCUGGUUGUGAUGGCUCUGGGCAUAUUACCGGAAAUUAUGCUUCACAUCGAAGCCUUUCAGGUUGUCCACGAGCAAAGAAAAGUGGGAUUCGGAUAGUACAAAGCAAAGAAGACAAGGAAGAUCAAGAGCCAAUUAGAUGUCCAGUUCCCGGUUGCGAUGGUCAGGGCCAUAUAACCGGGAAGUAUGCAUCUCACCGUAGUGCAUCAGGGUGCCCUCUAGCUACUAAAAGGCAAAAGGAUGGGUACUUGAAUGGUUCCCAGUUUUCUUGGAAGUCAGUGAAAACGGAAGGUAUGUCAUGUCCAACCCCAGGAUGUGAUGGCUCCGGACAUGUGAGCGGUAGUUUUCUUACACAUAGAAGUCUAUCAGGAUGCCCCAGAGCUACAUCAGCAAUGAAGAGAGCAAAGCUGUCUGGAGAACAAAUGCUUACAAUAAAGCAGCGGGCUAGCAAUGGUAUUGAAAACGAUGAAGAAAUUAAACAGUUAGAUGAAGAAAUAAAAGAACUAAAUGAAUCCAACUCUCAGAUGGAAGCUGAUAUGAUUAAACUCCGAACUCAGAUUACCACAAUGGAGAGCAACCUGAAGACGAUAGAAGAGGAAAACAAAGUAAUUGAACAACAAAAUGAAUCUCUUCUUCAUGAAUUGGCCAAUUUAAGCCAGUCUUUAAUUCAUAGUCUAGCUAAUAUCCAGCUACCGCAUAUGGAACCAAUCAAUGAACAAAAUUUUGAUGCUUACGUGACCACUUUGACGGACAUGUAUACAAAUCAAGAUCGUUAUCAGAGUCCAGAAAAUAAAGCCCUACUGGAAAAUAUAAAGCAGGCUGUGAGAGGAAUUCAGGUGUGA